UAGUGCUGCAGUGCACUGCUUCUAUCCUCAAAGAGCAGAUUAAGCUGUGUCUGUCAUGUGAAGGGUUCGGAAACCGUCUUUGUUUUCUUGAAACCACCUCCAAUGCUCAGAAUGUCCCUCCAGACCUGGCAAUCUGCUGCUUCAUUUUGGAGCAGUCCCUGUCAGUUCGGGCUUUACAGGAGAUGCUGUCCAACUCUUCUGUGGAUGAGGCUGUGGAUUUGGAUAAAUGGUCUUCACAAGGUGGAGGCCACCGGACCCUGCUGUACGGACACGCCAUCCUCCUCAAACACACUCACUCCAGCAUGUACUUGAGCUGUUUGACUACUUCACGUUCGCUGACAGACAAACUGGCUUUUGACGUGGGCUUGCAGGAGGACUCUACAGGAGAGGCCUGUUGGUGGACUAUCCAUCCUGCCUCAAAGCAAAGGUCUGAAGGUGAGAAGGUCAGGGUGGGAGAUGACCUCAUUCUCGUCAGCGUCUCCUCAGAGAGAUAUCUGCAUCUGUCUUAUGCUAGUGGUGACUUGAUGGUUGAUGCGUCCUUCAUGCAAACUCUGUGGACUAUGACCCCUGUGAUGUCUGGCUGUGAACUAGCUGAAGGUUUUUUGACUGGAGGCUAUGUGCUCAGGCUGUUUCAUGGUCACAUGGAUGAAUGCUUAGCAAUCCCAGGAGCUGACCAAGGGGAUGAUCAGCGCAGAGUUGCCCAUUAUGAGGGAGGGGCUGUGUGCAGUCAUGCGCGAUCCUUAUGGAGACUUGAGCCCCUGCGUAUUGCGUGGAGUGGUGGUCACAUUAAAUGGGGCCAGUCUUUUCGCAUACGUCACAUAACAACAGGCAGAUACCUUUUUCUAGAUGAAGAGAAAGGGCUGCUGUUGGUGGAUCCUGAGAAGGCAAAUUCUAAGAUGACAGCCUUCUGCUUUAGAAUUUCAAAGGAAAAAAUUGAAGUGACUCAGAAGCGAGAUGUGGAAGGCAUGGGCAUACCUGAGAUAAAGUAUGGAGAGUCCAUGUGCUUUGUACAGCAUGUUUCAUCUGGACUCUGGUUAACAUAUGCUGCUGUCGAUGCCAAAUCUGCCCGUCUGGGUCCUCUAAAGAGAAAGGCCAUUCUCCACAAAGAAGGUCACAUGGAUGAUGCACUCACAGUGGCUCGUUCUCAGACAGAAGAGUCUCAGGCCGCCAGAAUGAUUUUCAGCACAACAGGCCUCUUCAGCCAGUUCAUCAAAGGUUUAGAUGCUCUGAGUGGGAAAAAUAAAUCAGCCAAUCCACCAUCUCUGCCUAUGGACACAGUCGUGCUCUCCCUGCAGGACCUUAUUUUUUAUUUCCGACCCCCUGAGGAGGAGCUGGAGCAUGAGGAAAAACAGUUCAAGCUUCGCUCCCUUAAGAACAGACAGAACCUCUUCCAGGAGGAGGGUAUGAUAACACUGGUUCUCGACUGUGUUGAUCGGCUCAAUGUCUACAACACUGCAGCUCACUUCUCAGAGUAUGCAGGAGAAGAAGCUGCAGACUCAUGGAAGGAGAUAGUAAAUUUACUGUAUGAACUUCUUGCGUCUCUGAUCAGAGGGAAUCGUGCAAACUGUGCUCUGUUCUGUGAUAACCUCGACUGGCUGGUCAGUAAACUGGAUCGUCUGGAGGCAUCUUCAGGAAUCCUGGAGGUGUUGUAUUGUGUUCUGAUUGAGAGUCCAGAGGUGCUAAAUAUCAUCCAGGAGAAUCACAUCAAAUCGAUAAUCUCACUUCUUGAUAAACAUGGACGCAAUCAUAAAGUCUUGGAUGUGCUCUGCUCUCUGUGUGUCUGUAACGGCGUAGCUGUUAGAUCAAAUCAGAAUCUCAUCACAGAGAAUCUACUUCCAGGCCGUGACCUCUUACUUCAAACCAACAUUAUCAACUACGUAACCAGCAUGAGACCCAACAUUUUCCUCGGGACCUGUGAAGGAUCCACUCAGUACAAGAAGUGGUAUUUUGAGGUGAUGGUGGAUCAUGUGGAGCCAUUUCUCACAGCUCAGCCAUAUCAUCUGCGCGUGGGCUGGGCUCUGACAGAGGGCUACAGCCCUUACCCUGGUGGAGGGGAAGGCUGGGGGGCCAAUGGGGUUGGGGACGACCUCUACUCCUACGGUUUUGACGGGCUUCAUCUCUGGUCAGGACGUGUUGCGCGUCAUGUUGCUACACCCAGUCAGCACGUAUUGGCAGCAGAGGAUGUUGUCAGCUGUUGUUUGGACUUGAGCGUGCCCAGUAUUUCCUUCCGUAUCAAUGGGCAUCCAGUCCAGGGCAUGUUUGAGAACUUCAAUCUGGAUGGCCUGUUCUUUCCUGUUGUCAGUUUCUCUGCAGGCAUUAAGUUGCGAUUUCUGCUUGGAGGGCGUCAUGGGGAUUUCAAGUUCCUCCCACCUCCUGGCUAUGCUCCAUGCUACGAGGCGGUGCUUCCCAGAGAUCGUUUGCGAAUUGAGCCCAUCAAGGAAUAUAAGCAUGAUUUUGAUGGUGUUCGCAACCUGCUGGGACCCACGCAGUCCCUCUCUCAUACAGCCUUUACUCCUUGCCCUGUGGACACUAUACAGAUUGUACUUCCUCCUCAUUUGGAGCGCAUUCGAGAAAAACUAGCAGAAAACAGCCAUGAGUUAUGGGCUGUGACUCGAAUUGAACAAGGUUGGACCUAUGGACCAUUUCGUGAUGAUAACAAGAAACUACACCCUUGCCUUGUGGAUUUCCAAAGUCUGCCUGAACCAGAGAAGAACUAUAAUUUAGCAAUGUCGGGAGAGACGCUCAAGACUCUGCUGGCUCUGGGCUGUCAUGUGGGAAUGGGAGAUGAAAAGGCAGAGGAGAAUCUGAAAAAGACCAAACUGCCCAAAACAUACAUGCAGAGUUGUGGAUAUAAGCCAGCCCCUCUGGACCUCAACCAUGUCAAGCUGACUCCAAAUCAGAACACACUAGUGGAAAGACUGGCAGAAAAUGGACACAAUGUGUGGGCAAGAGACCGUGUCCGACAGGGCUGGACGUAUAGUAUCGUGCAGGAUAUAAUGAACAAGCGCAACCCUCGCCUGGUUCCCUACAACUUACUGGAUGAAAAGACUAAGAAGACAAACAGAGACACAGUUUGUGCAGCUGUUCGUACCCUCAUCGGCUAUGGAUACAACAUUGAACCACCUGACCAGGAGAGCAGUGGACAUGGACCAGGUAGCUCACGUGGAGAUAAGAUUAGAGUCUUCAGAGCAGAGAAGUCUUACGCUGUUACACAGGGAAAGUGGUACUUUGAGUUUGAGGCUGUGACAGUCGGGGAAAUGAGAGUCGGCUGGGCCAGACCCAGUGUCCGUGCAGACACUGAACUUGGUGCAGAUGAGUUGGCGUACGUCUUUAACGGAUUCAAGGCCCAACGAUGGCAUAUAGGAAAUGAGCCUUUUGGCCGUCAGUGGCAGUCUGGUGAUGUGGUGGGCUGCAUGAUCGACCUCACAGAAAUGAACAUCAUGUUUACGCUCAAUGGAGAGAUGUUGAUUAGUGAUUCAGGCUCAGAGAUGGCCUUCAAGGACAUAGAGAUAGGAGAGGGCUUUAUACCCGUGUGCAGUUUGGGCCUGUCCCAGGUCGGCCGGAUCAACUUGGGUCAGAACGUCAGCAGCCUCCAGUACUUUACCAUCUGUGGCCUGCAGGAGGGAUUUGAACCCUUUGCUAUUAACAUGAAAAGAGACAUUACCAUGUGGUUCAGCAAGAGUCUUCCCCAGUACAUCAUUGUGCCAACUGACCACCCGCACAUUGAGGUGUCCCGUGUGGAUGGAACAGUGGACACCGCCCCUUGUCUCAAAGUAACCCACAAGACAUAUGGAUCUCAGAACGCCAACACAGAUCUGCUUUUCUUCAGACUGAGCAUGCCAGUUGAAUUUCAUGAAACGUUCAAAGUCCCAGCGGGAACAACACUUCUCACUCGUACUUUGACCAUCCCUGAGGAUGAGGUGGUAGAGGUGGACCCAGACUCAGACUUUGAAAUACUUAAGAAGUCCGCAAGUCGUAAAGAACAGGAGGAGGAGAAGAAAGAGCCGUCUGUGCCUAAGGAGACUCCUGCUAUAAAAAAUGGAGAAAAUGAGAAGGACGCUUCAACAGAGAAAAGCAAGAAGAAAGGAUUCCUUUUCAAGGCUAAGAAGGCUGCGUUAAUAACUCCACCCCCGGUUGUUCCCACCAUGCCCCGUCUAGUGGAAGAUGUUGUACCUGAUGACCGUGACGACAUGGACAUCAUCCUCAACACCACAACAUACUAUUAUUCUGUGCGAGUGUUUGCGGGGCAGGAGCUCGGAGGUGUGUGGGUUGGCUGGAUCACACCUGACUAUCACCAGUAUGACCCUCACUUCGACCUCAGCAAAGUGAGAAAUGUAACAGUCACUGUGGGUGAUGACAAAGGCAAUAUUCAUGACAGCAUAAAACGCAGUAAUUGCUACAUGGUUUGUGGAGGCGAGUUCAGCAGCUCCCAACAGACCCGGGUCAGUCAGGAGGACUUUGUGAUUGGCUGUCUUAUUGAUUUGGACACAGGACUCAUGACUUUCACGGCUAAUGGAAAAGAGAUCAACACAUUUUACCAGGUGGAGCCCAACACCAAACUGUUCCCAGCUGUCUACGUCCUUCCUUCUAGUCAAAAUAUGAUUCAGUUUGAGCUAGGCAAACUCAAGAACAUUAUGCCAAUCUCAGCUGCCAUGUUUCGAAGUGAACGCAAAAACCCAGUCCCCCAGUGUCCCCCGAGACUGGACGUUCAGAUGUUAACCCCAGUCAUCUGGAGCCGCAUGCCCAACCACUUCCUGGCUCCGGAAACAGGACGAGUUAGUGAGAGACUGGGCUGGAUGGUGCAGUGUCAGGAGCCCCUCACCAUGAUGGCCCUCCACAUCCCAGAAGAAAACAGGUGUAUAGACAUCCUGGAGCUGUCUGAACGUAUGGACUUACUGAAGUUCCACUAUCACACUCUUAAACUCUACGGAUCUGUUUGUGCUCUGGGAAACAACCGCGUGGCUCAUGCUCUGUGCAGCUACGUGGAUGAAUCCCAGCUCUUCUACGCUAUAGAGAACACCUACCUGCCUGGACCAAUGAGAAGCGGGUUUUAUGACCUGCUCAUCAGCAUGCACCUGGAGUCUGCUAAGAGGAACCGACUGGGAACCAACAAGGAAUUCAUAGUUCCCAUGACAGAUGAAACACGCAGUAUCACCUUGUACUCUGACAAAUCUCAUGCGUUACCUGGGGUUGGUCUCACCACGUGUCUACGUCCCAAACUUCAUUUCUCCGCGACUGCUUUUGUGGGGACAAACCAAGACAUUUACACCCUGAGUCCUAUGGUCCCCUUAGAGGUGCUGAAGACCAAGGCCUUAAACAUGUUGACUGAGGCUGUCCAAGACGGAGGUCAGGCCAUGAGAGAUCCUGUGGGAGGCAGUGUCGAGUUUCACUUUGUUCCGAUCCUGAAACUCAUAAGCACCCUCCUCAUCAUGGGUGUAUUCGGUGAUGAAGAUGUCACUCAUAUCCUGAAGAUGAUCGAGCCCCAAGUCUUCAGUUGUAAGAAAGUUGAAGAGCCUGUAGAGGAGAAUACUAAGGUGAUGGAUGAGAAAGAACAAAAAUCAUCAACAAAAGUGGAACCGGUGAGGGUAGAACAGCAAGAACCUGCAGAAGAAGAAGAAGAGUAUGAAGACGAUGGUCUGGGUGAAGAAGAGGAGGAAGAGUAUGAGGAAGAGGAAGAAAUAGAGGAACCCCAAGCUGUCACAGCAGAAGAAGUAGUGGAAGAGAUAGAACAUGUAAAUGGUGAGAAGGGUGCAGAUGAAACAGAAAAAGAGACAAAAGCUGGAGAGACUGGUGGUGAGGCUAAAGAAGAACAUCUGGACCAGGGGCUUUUCCAGAUGAAGCUCCCAGAAUCUGUGAAAUUACAGAUGUGUACACUUCUGCAGUAUUUCUGUGACUGUGAGUUGCGCCACAGAGUAGAGGCCAUCAUUGCCUUUUCAGACCAGUUUGUCAAUCAGAUACAGUCAAACCAAAGGCAGCGCUACAAUGAACUAAUGCUGGCCUUUACUAUGAGUGCUGCUGAGACUGCCCGCAAGACCCGCGAAUUCAGAUCACCACCACAGGAGCAGGUAAACAUGCUCAUGAAUUUCAAGAACUGUGCCGAAGAUGAAGAGUGUCCCAUUCCAGACGAGGUCCGAGACUCUCUGCUGAAUUUUCACAAUGUUCUACUUGCGCACUGUGGGGUUCAUAUUGAGGAGGAAGAGCAGGAGGAAGAGGUGGACAAUUCUCUUCGAGGUCGACUGUUCCGUUUGCUGGAAAAGGUGAAAAAAUUCCGUGAGAAGAAGGUAGAGGCAGAACCUGAGCCACAGGAAGAUAAAAAACCAAGCACUUUACAGGAGCUGAUUUCUCAUACUACGAUCCACUGGGCCCAGGAGUCAUUUAUCCAGAAUCCAGAGCUUGUGCGAAUGAUGUUCAGCCUCCUUCACAGGCAGUAUGACGGCCUGGGGGAGCUCAUGCGUGCCUUGCCUAAGGCCUAUACAAUCAAUGCUGUAUCCAUUCAGGACACCAUGGACCUCCUGGAGUGCUUGGGCCAGAUCCGUUCACUGCUUAUUGUUCAGAUGGGUCCAGAGGAGGAGAGGCUUAUGAUUCAAAGCAUUGGGAACAUCAUGAGCAACAAAGUUUUCUAUCAGCACCCAAACUUGAUGCGAGCUUUGGGCAUGCAUGAAACUGUCAUGGAGGUCAUGGUUAAUGUGUUAGGUGGCGGGGAUUCUAAGGAGAUCAGAUUUCCACGAGUGGUGACAAACUGUUGCCGUUUUCUCUGCUAUUUCUGUCGCAUCAGUCGUCAAAACCAGAGAUCUAUGUUUGAUCACCUCAGCUACCUUCUGCAGAACAGUGGCAUUGGUCUUGGAAUGAGGGGAUCAACUCCAUUAGAUGUGGCUGCUGCUUCUUGUAUUGACAACAAUGAGCUCGCAUUGGCUUUGCAAGAGCAGGACUUAGAAAUGGUGGUGAAGUAUUUGGCUGGAUGUGGACUUCAGAGCUGUCCGAUGCUGCUGUCUAAAGGCUAUCCAGACAUUGGCUGGAAUCCUUGUGGUGGAGAGAAAUAUCUUGAUUUCCUCCGUUUUGCUGUUUUCGUCAAUGGAGAGAGUGUAGAAGAGAAUGCCAACGUGGUGGUACGUCUCCUGAUUCGGAGGCCCGAAUGCUUCGGUCCGGCCCUGAGAGGAGAGGGUGGCAAUGGUUUACUGGCUGCAAUAGAAGAGGCAAUCAAAAUAUCAGAGGACCCUGCAAGAGAUGGCCCAUCUGUUAAGAAAGACAGACGCUUUCCCAUGUUUGGAGGAGAGGAACAGCAUGAGGAGAACAGGGUGCACCUUGGAAAUGCCAUCAUGUCUUUCUACUCUGCUCUCAUUGACUUGCUUGGACGCUGUGCUCCAGAAAUGCAUUUGAUUCAGGCUGGGAAGGGUGAAGCACUAAGAAUCCGAGCCAUUCUUAGGUCUCUCGUACCCAUUGAAGAUCUGGUUGGUGUCAUUAGUCUGCCUGUUCAGAUUCCUGCUUUUGGAAAAGACAACAGCAUCAUUGAACCCAAGAUGUCAGCUAGUUUUGUACCAGAUCACAAGGCCCCCAUGGUGCUGUUCUUAGACAGAGUGUAUGGUAUCGACAACCAGGAUUUCCUGCUCCAUGUUCUGGAAGUGGGUUUUCUGCCUGAUAUGAGGGCUGCUGCCUCUUUGGACACGGCUGCUUUCAGCACCACAGAGAUGGCCCUGGCUCUGAACCGCUACCUGUGUUCUGCUGUGUUGCCUCUCAUCACCAAGUGUGCGCCACUGUUUGCUGGUAGUGACCAUCGAGCCAUAAUGAUCGACUCCAUGUUGCACACAAUCUACCGUUUGUCCCGCGGCCGAGCAUUCACCAAGGCGCAAAGAGACAUCAUUGAAGAGUGCCUCAUGGCUUUAUGCAAACAUCUACGUCCAUCAAUGCUUCAACACCUGUUGAGGCGCCUAGUGUUUGACGUGCCCAUUCUUAAUGAGUAUGCCAAAAUGCCACUGAAGCUUUUGACCAAUCACUAUGAGCGUUGUUGGAAAUACUACUGCCUCCCUAAUGGCUGGGCAAACUUCGGAGUGGCUUCAGAAGAGGAGUUGCAUUUAACCCGCAAGCUUUUCUGGGGAAUCUUUGAAUCACUGGCUCAUAAGAAAUUUGAUGCUGAGAUCUUCAAAAUUUCUAUGCCCUGCAUCUGCGCCAUAGCUGGAGCCAUUCCUCCUGACUACGUUGAUGCCAGUUAUUCAUCUAAAACUGAGAAAAAAGCUUCAGUAGAUGCAGAGGGAAACUUUGACCCUAAACCAGUAGAAACCACAAACACCAUCAUUCCAGAGAGACUGGACCCCUUUAUCAACAAAUAUGCUGAAUACACACAUGACAAAUGGGCUUUUGAAAAGAUUCAGAAUAACUGGUCAUAUGGAGAAGUGCUGGAUGAAAAUGCAAAAACUCACCCCAUGCUCAGACCAUAUAAAACAUUCUCAGAAAAGGACAAAGAGAUCUAUCGCUGGCCAAUUAAAGAGUCAGUCAAAGCCAUGCUUGCAUGGGAGUGGACCAUAGAUAAAGCUAGGGAAGAUGAAGAGUCAGACAAGAAGAAGACAGCGGCAACACGAAAGAUCUCUCAGACUGCUCAGGCCACCUAUGACCCAAGCCAUGGCUACAGUCCACAGCCCAUUGACAUCACACACAUGGCUCUCUCAAGAGAUCUUCAGUCUAUGGCAGAGCAACUGGCAGAAAACUACCAUAACACCUGGGGACGGAAGAAGAAGAUGGAGCUGCAGGCAAAAGGAGGUGGAACACAUCCUCUGCUGGUGCCCUAUGACACUUUAACAGCAAAGGAAAAGGCACGUGAUAGAGAGAAGGCCUACGAACUCCUCAAGUUCCUGCAGCUUAAUGGAUAUGCUGUCACAAGGGGCCUGAAAGACAUGGAAUCAGAUAUUUCAUCCAUUGAAAAGAGAUUUGCAUACGGAUUUCUGCAGAAGCUGCUGAAGUGGAUGGAAAUUGCCCAGGAAUUCAUUGCUCAUCUUGAGGCUGUGGUAAGCAGUGGACGAGUGGAGAAGUCUCCUCAUGAACAGGAAAUCAAAUUCUUUGCCAAGAUCCUGAUGCCAUUAAUCAACCAGUAUUUUAAAAACCACUGCCUCUACUUCUUGUCUACACCUGCAAAAGUCUUGGGUAGUGGGGGCCAUUCUUCCAAUAAGGAAAAAGAAAUGAUAGCAAGUAUCUUCUGUAAAAUGUCUGCUCUGGUGCGACACAGAGUUUCUCUCUUUGGGACGGAUGCUUCUGCAAUUGUAAACUGUCUCCAUAUUCUGGCCCGGUCACUGGAUGCAAGGACAGUAAUGAAGUCUGGGCCAGAAAUUGUGAAAGCAGGACUACGAUCAUUUUUUGAAAGUGCAGCUGAUGAUAUAGAAAAAAUGGUAGAGAACCUCAAACUGGGCAAAGUGUCUAAAGGCAAUCAGCAAGUAAAAGGUGUGUCUCAGAACAUUAACUACACAACCAUCGCCCUGCUCCCAGUUCUUACAUCCCUGUUUGACCACAUUGCUCAGCACCAGUUUGGAGAUGAUGUUAUGUUGGAUGACCUACAGAUGUCAUGCUAUCGCAUUAUGUGUAGCAUAUACUCCUUAGGAACCGUCAAAAAUCCACAUGUAGAGAGGCAGCGGCCGGCUCUUGGGGAGUGUUUGGCUCACCUUGCAGCAGCUAUGCCAGUGGCCUACUUAGAGCCACAUCUAAAUGAGUUCAAUGCCUUCUCUGUCUACACAACAAAGACACCUAGAGAGCGAGCCAUCUUGGGUCUCCCUAAUGAGGUCCAGGAAUUGUGUCCAGACAUCCCAGAGCUGGAUAUUCUCCUAAAGGAGAUAGGGGACUUAGCAGAGUCAGGGGCUCGUUACACUGAGAUGCCACAUGUGAUUGAAAUCACGUUGCCUAUGCUGUGUAACUACCUGCCUCGCUGGUGGGAGAGAGGACCUGAGAACUUCCCUGAGAUGGAGGGAAGAAUCUGCACUGAUGUGACAUCAGAGCACCUCAAUCAGCUGCUGGGAAGCAUCAUGAAAAUUGUAGUCAACAACCUGGGUAUUGAUGAGGCCUCCUGGAUGAAGAGGUUGGCUGUGUUUUCACAGCCAAUUGUGAGCAGGGCAAAACCAGAAAUGCUCAAGUCUCACUUUAUUCCUACAAUGGAGAAGCUGAAGAAACGAACAUCAAAGGUGGUGGCUGAAGAAGACCAUCUGCGGAUGGAGGGCAAAUCAGAGGGUGAUGAGGAGGAUGGAACUAUACGUGAUGAAUUUGCUGUCCUCUGCAGAGAUUUGUAUGCUCUCUACCCUCUCCUCAUCCGCUAUGUGGACAACAACAGGGCAAGAUGGCUGACCUGUCCAGAUCCAGAUGCAGAAGAACUCUUCAGAAUGGUUGGAGAGGUCUUUAUAUUCUGGUCCAAAUCUCAUAAUUUCAAACGGGAAGAGCAAAACUUUGUGGUGAUGAAUGAGAUCAACAACAUGUCUUUUCUCACUGCUGACAGCAAGAGCAAAAUGAGCAAGGGCGGGGACUCAGAGGGUGGCGGCUCGGAUGCAGAACGCACCAAGAAGAAGAAACGAGGAGAUCGUUACUCUGUGCAGACGUCACUCAUUGUGGCUGCCUUGAAAAAGAUGCUUCCCAUAGGACUCAACAUGUGCUCUCCAGCUGAUCAGGAGCUAAUCAACUUGGCCAAGAUCCGAUACUCUUUGAGAGAUACAGAUGAAGAAGUAAGAGAGUUUCUGCAGAACAACCUUCAUCUUCAAGGCAAGGUGGACAACCCAUCCAUGCGCUGGCAAAUGGCCCUGUACAAAGAAAUGGCAGGGAAAGCGGAAGACGCUGAUGCCCCUGUGAAAGUUGUGAAGCGAGUGCAGGAGGUGUCUGCAGUCCUUUACCACCUUGAAGUGACAGAACAUCCGUUUAAAUCCAAAAAGAUGGUUUGGCACAAACUGUUAUCCAAGCAGAGACGCAGGGCUGUGGUGGCUUGCUUUAGAAUGACACCACUAUACAACAUUCCAAGGCACAGAGCUUCAAACAUGUUCCUCGAAGGUUACAAACGCAACUGGCUUCACACUGAGGGUUAUUCCUUUGAAGACAGGAUGAUAGAUGACUUGUCUAAAGCAAUGGAGCAAGAGGAGGGGGAUGAGGAAGAGGAGAAAGAAACAAAGCCAGAUCCCCUCCACCAACUUAUUCUGCAUUUCAGUCGCACUGCUCUAACAGAAAAAAGUAAACUUGAUACAGACCAUCUCUAUAUGGCAUAUGCAGAUAUUAUGGCAAAGAGUUGCCAUAUUGGUGAGGAAGAAGAAGGGGGAGAGGAAAUGGUGGAAAAUGCUGAGGAUGAGAUGUCCUUUGAGGUGCGACAGUCAGAACUGGAAAAGGAAAUGGAAAAGCAAAGACUUCUCUAUCAGCAGUCCAGACUUCAUAAUCGCGGGGCUGCAGAGAUGGUCCUUCAAAUGAUCAGUGCCUGCAAAGGUGAGACAGGCCCAAUGGUGUCCACAACCCUUAAAUUGGGUAUCUCUAUUCUGAAUGGUGGAAACAGUGAAGUUCAACGGAAAAUGCUGGAGUAUUUGAAGGACAAGAAGGAUGUAGGCUUCUUUUUGAGUGUCCAAGCACUGAUGCAGACAUGCUGUGUCCUGGAUCUAAAUGCCUUUGAGAGGCAGAAUAAGGCCGAGGGACUGGGCAUGGUUUCAGAGGAGGGCACCAACUUGAACCUAGAUCGGGAUGAGAAAGUCAUGGCAGAUGAUGAAUUCACUUGCGACCUCUUCCGUUUCUUGCAACUGCUUUGUGAGGGUCACAACAAUGAUUUUCAGAACUACCUGCGGACACAGACAGGCAGCACAACUACCAUUAAUAUCAUCAUCUGCACUGUUGAUUAUCUCUUGCGACUGCAGGAGUCCAUCAGUGAUUUCUACUGGUAUUACUCUGGCAAAGAUGUAAUUGAUGAACCAGGCAAGAAGAAUUUCUCCAAAGCUAUGACAGUAGCAAAACAGAUUUUCAACAGUCUAACAGAAUAUAUUCAGGGCCCAUGCACUGGCAACCAGCAGUCUCUGGCUCACAGCAGGCUAUGGGAUGCUAUUGUUGGGUUCCUCCAUGUUUUUGCCCACAUGAUGAUGAAGCUGGCCCAGGAUUCUAGCCAAAUCGGUCUGCUGAAGGAGCUUCUCGACCUUCAGAAAGACAUGGUUGUUAUGUUGCUCUCACUACUAGAGGGAAAUGUGGUGAAUGGAACAAUUGCCCGUCAGAUGGUGGACAUGUUGGUAGAGUCUUCCAGCAACGUGGAGAUGAUUCUCAAGUUCUUUGACAUGUUCCUCAAACUGAAAGACAUUGUGGCUUCAGAUGCUUUCCGUGAUUAUGUCACUGACCCUCGAGGGUUGAUCUCCAAGAAGGACUUCCAGAAGGCUAUGGACAGUCAGAAACAGUACUCCCCCUCUGAGAUCCAGUUUCUUUUGUCCUGCUCAGAAGCCGAUGAAAAUGACAUGAUCAAUUAUGAGGAGUUUGCCAGUCGUUUCCAGGAGCCUGCCAAGGACAUUGGCUUUAACAUUGCAGUGCUGCUCACCAACCUGUCUGAGCAUGUCCCCCAUGACACCAGACUCCAGAACUUCCUGGAACAAGCAGAGAGUGUGCUGAACUACUUCCGUCCUUUCCUGGGUCGUAUUGAAAUAAUGGGUGCCAGCAGAAAGAUAGAGCGUAUCUACUUUGAAAUCAGUGAAGUAAACCGUAAACAGUGGGAAAUGCCUCAGGUCCGUGAGUCAAAACGCCAGUUCAUCUUCGACGUAGUCAAUGAAGGCGGAGAGUCAGAGAAGAUGGAGAUGUUUGUUAACUUUUGUGAGGACACCAUCUUUGAGAUGAAUAUAGCAUCCCAAAUUUCUGAGCAGGAAGAAGAGGAAAAAGGCGAAGAAGAUGAUGAAGGAGAAGAAGGUGGGGGAGAGGGUGGACAAGGAGGAGGAGCAGGUGGAGGAGGUGAUGAGGAAAGUAAUGGAGAGGAGGGGCAGCCUGAAACUAGUUCUGCUUUUGCAGACUUCAUAAACAGCCUGUUAAGCUUCCUGAACAUCUUCACUUUCCGUAACCUUCGCAGACAAUACCGCAGAGUGAGAAAAAUGACCUUCAAGGAGAUUGUGGUGGCUCUGUCGACUUUUAUAUGGACCAUCCUCAUGAGUAUACUCACCUUCAUUUACAGCGUGUGCAAAGGAAUAUUUAUGAUCAUCUGGCAAACCCUGUUUGGAGGUGGAUUAGUGGAGGGAGCUAAAAACAUCACAGUGACUGAGAUUCUAGCAAGCAUGCCAGAUCCGACUCAGGAUGAUGUGCAUGGAGAUGGACCAGGGGAGUUGGGGACGGGAGAGGAACAAGACACUGGAGGGGUGACUGACACUGGGGAGACUGGAAGCGGAGAGGAAGAGGAGGAAGACACCCAAGAAAAAGAGGGUGGGAGGAUACCAGGCAUGGAUGCUCCAGGUGGACUUGGAGACAUGGGUGUAGAGGCACCUGUUGAGCCCCCAACUCCUGAAGGGACCCCCAUAACAAAGAGAAAAAUGCAACCGGAGGAGGCUGAUGGUGGUCAGAAACCUCCUGAACCUGCUCCUGUGGAGGAACCACCUCCAGAACCAGAAAAGGCUGAUGUUGAAACUGGAGAGAAAGCUGAGAAAGAAUCCCAGACCCAAGAGAAAGAACAGCCUGCAGAACCAAAGAAAUCUACAGCCAAGAAAGAAAAGAAAGUGAAAAAGGGAGCAGGCUUUCAAAUCUGGACUGAGCUGGAAACUCAAAGGAAUAAAUUUAUGAACUACCUCUCCAGAAACUUCUAUAAUCUGCGCUUUCUGGCUCUUUUCAUCGCAUUUGCCCUGAACUUCAUCCUACUCUUCUACAAGGUAUCUGAAACCCCACCUGAGGGUGACGAGAUGGAGGGAUCUGGAUUUUCUGAAGGAAGUGGGAUGUUUGAGGGCUCUGGGUUGUUUGAAGGAUCAGGAGAAGAGGCAGAGGGAUCAGGAAUGAAUGAAGGCGAUGAGGAUGAGGAAGAUGUUCCAGUUUAUUUCUAUCUAGAGGAGAGCACUGGCUACAUGCAGCCAACACUGGCCUUCCUCGCCAUCCUCCACACGGUCAUCUCAUUCAUCUGUAUUAUCGGAUACAACUGCCUCAAGAUUCCACUGGUGAUCUUUAAGAGAGAAAAGGAACUCGCAAGAAAGCUGGAGUUUGACGGCCUCUACAUCACUGAGCAGCCUGAAGAUGAUGACAUUAAGGGCCAGUGGGAUCGACUGGUCCUGAAUACACCAUCUUUCCCAAACAACUACUGGGACAAAUUUGUCAAACGGAAGGUUCUGGAUAAAUAUGGAGACAUUUAUGGCAGAGAAAGGAUUGCUGAACUCCUAGGGGUUGAUUUAGCCUCUCUGGACGUGAGUCAACAACAUGAGAAGAAACAGGAGGAACCAGACAACUCUGUGUUUACAUGGGUGACUUCUAUUGACAUGAAGUACCAGGUCUGGAAGUUUGGUGUCGUCUUCACAGACGGUACUUUCCUUUAUCUCUGCUGGUACCUGAUCAUGUCUCUGCUUGGACAUUACAACAACUUUUUCUUCGCCUGUCACUUGCUGGAUAUUGCAAUGGGUGUCAAAACUCUGCGCACUAUCCUGUCCUCAGUCACACACAAUGGCAAACAGCUCAUGAUGACAGUGGGCUUGUUAGCUGUGGUGGUGUACCUCUACACUGUAGUCGCUUUCAAUUUCUUCCGGAAGUUUUACAACAAGAGUGAGGACGAAGAUGAGCCAGAUAUGAAAUGUGACGACAUGAUGACUUGUUACCUGUUCCACAUGUAUGUGGGCGUACGAGCCGGUGGAGGCAUUGGAGAUGAGAUCGAGGACCCCGCCGGGGAUGAAUAUGAACUGUAUCGAGUGGUUUUUGAUAUUACUUUCUUCUUUUUUGUCAUCGUCAUUCUCUUGGCCAUCAUCCAGGGUCUCAUCAUUGAUGCAUUUGGAGAACUGAGAGACCAACAGGAACAGGUCAAAGAAGACAUGGAGACGAAGUGCUUCAUAUGUGGCAUUGGAAGUGACUACUUUGAUACGACACCGCAUGGCUUUGAGACCCACACGUUCGAUGAACACAACCUGGCCAAUUACAUGUUCUUUUUAAUGUACCUUAUCAACAAAGAUGAGACCGAGCACACUGGCCAGGAGUCAUACGUGUGGAAGAUGUAUCAGGAGCGAUGUUGGGACUUCUUCCCUGCUGGAGACUGUUUCAGAAAGCAAUAUGAGGAUCAACUUUCUUAGGCUGACUGUGCCUUACAGAUGGA